UCCGCCAAAGACUGAGUUUUUCCUCUUCUUCUCUGAUUCUGAUCGAUCGAUCGAUCGAAAAAGUCAAAAGAAGAAAAGCAGAGGAGAGAAGAAAAAAAAAAUGGCGGUGGUGAAGAUGAUGAAGUGGAGGGGACGGCCAUCGAAGAAAUUCGAAGCGAAGGUCACUCUUCAUCACCUCAGAAUCGCUGGAGGAGGGGUCAAUUUUCUGGAUUGUUCUAGAAGAUUCUCGAUCGAGAUCACGUGGAAAGGCUCGCAGUCGAAGGGGAUCAUCGGUUUGAGGAAGAAGCGGCGCGUGAGGAGGAAUUUCACGAUGGAACAGCCGGAGGAUUUGGGCGGCGACGACGACGGUGUUGUUGUGUGGGAUGAAGAAUUCCGCUCUGUUUGCAGUUUCUCUUCUUCUUCUAACCACAAGCACAACGAUGCUGCUGCUGCUGCUCUCUUUCUUCCUUGGGAUAUUUCAUUUACACUUUUCCUCAAUGGUGGUUUGAAUCAAGGGACAAAAAACAACACCGUCCCUGUUAUUGCCACUGCAUCAUUAAACCUAGCAGAUUUUGCUUCUGCACCUGAAAAACAGAACACAGAAAUUAGCAUCCCUCUAUCGAUAUUACCCGGUGGCCUCAUCGACGCCAAUACAAGUGCUUCCCUCUAUCUGUCAGUUAGUCUUCUAGAACUAAGAAAUCUAGAGGAACCUUCUCACACCAUCCUCUCUUUCCCACGAUCCCCUUGUUACGGAGAAAUACUGUCGUCGAAGAAAGAAGCAACCAAAAUCGAAAAGAAGAAAAUCCCAACUCGCAAACGGAGCCAAAAAAGGGGGAAUAUCUUCGAAGGGCUGUCUGCAAUCAGAGCUAAAAGGACAAGCCAUGAAGAGGAAUAUUGCAGUGAUGGAAACAGCUCUGUCAGGAGUGAGGAGGACAUUGAUGAAGUAACAGAAGAUUCUGGUGUAAAAAAAUCCUUUGAUUAUGGGACAUUGGCCUAUGCAAACAAUGCCGGAGCAUCAUCAGUUCACCGUUCGAACACGAGCAGCAGUGAGGAUGAAGACUGGAUUUAUUACAGCCAUAGUAGAAGUAGUAGUAGUUCUUCGGCUUACAAUCCUCCACAAACGGACCAGAAUUCUUCAAAACGUGGGAUUCUUCUUCCUUGGAGAAAAAGGAAAUUAAGCUUUAGAUCUCCUAAAGAAGUCAAAGGCGAGCCCUUGCUGAGAAAAGACCACCUAGAAGAAGGUGGAGACGACAUCGAUUUCGAUCGCCGCCACCUCAGCAGUUCCUCAGAUGAAUCCACCACCACUUCAACAAAGGAAGGUGGUGGAGAUUAUCCAUUUGGAGAUGACAAUUUUGCUGUUGGUACAUGGGAGAGCAAGGAGAUAAUAAGCCGCAAUGGAGAGAUGAAGCUGAAAACACAAGUUUUCUUCGGUUCGAUCGAUCAGAGGAGCGAACGCGCAGCUGGCGAAAGCGCGUGCACAGCUCUGGUGGCGGUGAUUGCCCAUUGGUUCCAAUCCAACGGCGGUGACGGGGCAGUGAUGCCGAUCAAGUCUCAACUCGACAGCCUCAUCCGAGAAGGCUCACUCGAGUGGAGGAAUCUCUGCGAGAACGAGACUUAUAAAGAAAGAUUCCCGGACAAGCAUUUCGAUCUCGACACAGUCCUCGAGGCUCAAGUUCGUCCAAUUUCUGUUGUCCCGGAAAAAUCUUUCGUCGGAUUUUUCCAACCACAGCAAGGAACUGAAGACAAGGGGUUCGAUUUUCUGCAAGGUGCAAUGUCAUUCGACGAUAUUUGGGAUGAAAUCCCUUCUGGCAGUGACCCUUUGGUGUACAUUAUCAGCUGGAAUGACCAUUUUUUCAUUCUGAAGGUUGAAGAAGAUGCGUACUACAUUAUCGACACUCUUGGUGAGAGGCUCUACGAGGGCUGCAACCAAGCUUUUAUCUUGAAAUUCGAUAGAGAUACAGUGAUCCACCGGAAUAUACCCGCAGAGCACAGUGAUCCACCGGAAUCUACCGAAAUUGUAGUUUGCACGGGCAAAGAGUCGUGUAAAGAGUACAUCAAGAACUUCUUGGCUGCAAUACCUAUAAGGGAAUUAGAAGUUGAUCUGAAGAAGGGAUUGAUGGCAUCUACCACACACCUUCAUCAACGGCUACAGAUCGAGUUCCAUUACACCAGAUGUCUGCAAAACCUUACUAACGAGUGCUCAACAGCAGAGGCAAUAGAUAAUAGCGAUGCUGCAAACGCAAACUUAUCUACAUCAGAAUCUGAAGAAUGAUAAGAGAUGGUUAUAAGCUUCCCUUCCGACUUUACGUCAGUAACCGAUUUUCUUGGAAAUGCCUACUCCAAAACCGAAUGUUUUUAAACAUUUCUUAUAUAUAUAUACAUUGUAUGAGUUGUUAAUAGCUGCUUUAAACACAAAUUAACUUCAACGGGAGACGCUACAUUAUAGUGCUAACCUGUCUCAUGGAAGAGCAUAGUGUACAUUUAUGUAAUGCUUACGAGUAUAUUUGAUAUUUUUCUUUUUUGA